GUCAAAAUCUCGAACAAGAAAAUGAGGAAAGUGUCAAUUUAGUACACCAAAUUGUAAGCGGGGGAGUAAAGAGUACAUCAUUUUGCAAGUGUGAUUUAGAGGUACAUGAAAUUGCCAAAUCAGUGCUAAUUGAGUCUAUCCGGGUAUUAGAACUUUUAAAAUGCCUAGGUGGCAAACAUCUGAUAUGGCUAACUUGAUGUCGCCAUUAGCUUGCCUAGCCUCCUGCCUCAUCGGCUCUUCCAGCUCAACCAGCUCAUCAAAACCUCUAUACUCUCUUCCAUCUUCUCCGAUCAGUACUACAAUGGCGGCCGUUUCCACAAUCUCCAUGCUUGACUCCACCUUUGAGGCUGACAACCUCACCAAUCAGUUCUUUCCCAUUCUUGAAAACAAGUUUCUUUUCGGGUGCAACGACCAGAGGAGUAGUGCUCCGUCGGUGAUGUCAUCAUUUCUCGGCAUCGGCAAGGUCCGGGUCCUCUCCAUUGAUGCCUCCGGACCAGAGGGGUCCUCGCCAGUUUCUUGUUCAUGCGCGGGAAAGACGGGUCCCCGUUGUUGACUGCCAGAGAAGCUCUCAAAUUUGUAUGGGAAAAUGGGCAGAGGAUUUCGAAGCCGGAGCAGAGUGGGGUUUUCUGACGAGUGUUCAAGCUGUCAAAGCUGUUCAAGAAAGUCUACGGCGAGUCAACGCUGAAAGAUACCGUGAAAUCUGUUCCCAUCCCCUGCUACGACCUCAUCACCGGAGCUCCAUUAUUGUUCUCACGCGCCGACGCGCUUGAAAUGGACACGUGCGACUUCCUGAUGGCCGAUGUUUGAGCUUAGGUCGGUGGACGGCAGGACGAGGACGACCGCCGUGGGAGGUGACGUGGCCAUGAAUAACCUGACGGCGGGCGCCAUCACUCACGUCCUCAAUAACAAGCAGGAGUUUCCCUUCUCCGUUGGAGUCAACGAUUUGCUGGUGGUUCCGAGGAGGCUACG